CCGGCCGGAGCAGCGAGAACCCGGGCGGGCCCGGCUCCCGCGGCGGCCGCGCCUCCCGCUUGCUUCUCUCAGCCGGGGCGUCCUCGACGGCAGAGUCAGGGAGCACCCCACUGGUCCAGAUGGGCAACAUGUCAUUGCUUUCAGUGAUGUCCCUGCCUCUAACCCUGAAGCCAUGGAUGAUAUGACGUAGCCCCCCUCAAUCGGAUGGGGAAGCCCAGUUCAAUGGAUACAAAAUAUAAGGAUGACUUAUUUCGGAAGUAUAUUCAGUUCCAUGAGAGCAAAGUGGAUACCACCCCCAGCAAGCAGCGUCCGAGCAGUGAUGAAUACCUGCGGGUGGCAGCCUCAACCCUGCUCAGCCUGCACAAGGUGGAUCCCUUUUAUCGAUUCCGGCUGAUCCAGUUCUAUGAGGUGGUAGAGAGCUCCCUGCGUUCAUUGAGCUCCUCCAGCCUGCGGGCUUUGCACUGCGCCUUCAGCAUGCUUGAAACGGUGGGCGUCAACCUCUUCCUCUACCCAUGGAAGAAGGAAUUCAGAAGUAUCAAGACAUACACGGGCCCUUUCGUUUACUACGUCAAGUCAACAUUGCUAGAAGAGGACAUCCGAGCCAUCCUGAAUUACAUGGGCUAUGUGCCUGAGCUGGGGACUGUGUACAAGCUCAAGGAGCUUGUGGAGACCCUGCAGGUGAAGAUGGUCUCCUUUGAGCUUUUUCUGGCCAAGGUUGAGUGUGAGCAGAUGCUGGAGAUCCACUCACAGGUGAAGGACAAGGGCUACUCUGAGCUGGACAUCGUGAGCGAGCGCAAGAGCAGCACGGAGGACGUGCGUGGCUGCUCAGAUGCCCUGCGGCGGCGGGCUGAGGGCAGGGAACACCUGACAGCUUCGAUGGCCCGUGUGGCGCUCCAGAAGUCAGCCAGUGAGCGGGCGGCCAAGGACUACUACAAGCCCCGUGUGACCAAGCCCUCGAGGUCAGUGGAUGCCUAUGACAGCUACUGGGAGAGCAGGAAGCCGCCACUGAAGACCUCAUUGAGCCUGCGGAAGGAGCCUGUGGCAGCAGACUUGGGGGAUGACCUCAAGGAUGAGAUCAUCCGCCCAUCCCCCUCACUCCUGACCAUGUCCAGCUCCCCCCAUGGCAGCCCAGAUGACCUUCUACCCCCCUCCUCUAGCAAUGGCCUUGGCCUGCUGCGUGGCACACACUUCUCCACUCAGGAUGACGUGGAUCUGUACACAGACUCGGAACCUAGGGCCACGUACCGUAGGCAGGAUGCUCUGCGGCCAGAAGUGUGGCUGGUCAGAAACGAUGCCCACCCUCUCUACCACAAGCGCUCGCCCCCUGCCAAAGAGUCUGCCCUAUCCAAGUGCCAAAACUGUGGUCUGUCCUGCAGCUCCUCCCUCUGCCAGCGCUGCGACAGCCUGCUCACCUUUCCUCCAGCCUCCAAGCCGAGCGCCUUCACCAGCAAGGCCUCUGCUCACGACAGCCUGGCCCAUGGGGCAUCUCUGCGGGAGAAGUACCCAGGCCAGACUCAGGGCCUCGACCGGCUGACGCACCUCCACUCAAAACCCAAAUCCUCCAGCACAGUCACCUCCCGCUGUGGCUUCUGCAACCGCCCAGGUGCCACCAACACCUGUACCCAGUGUUCAAAAGUUUCCUGCGACACCUGCCUCAGCGCCUACCAUUAUGACCCCUGCUGCAAAAAGAGUGAGCUGCACAAGUUUAUGCCCAACAAUCAGCUGAACUACAAGUCCACCCAGUUCUCCCAUCUCGUGUAUAGAUAGACUCGACCUUGCACCUUCCCACUACAAGGGCUACACCACUGACCUUUCUGGUUUCAUGGUGAAGAAGUUUUAAUGCGUUGAUCUCAGAAGCAGAGUCCUGCACUUGACCACGUAGGUUGGGGGUAUUGUGGGCUGGCUGCACCCACAUGGGAGUUCACUAAGGAACUCAGAUAUUUCAACUGAUGGCUGCUUUGUCGUCUGACAAGGGAGAGGGUGGCACUUCCGUUCAGAUUCAUUUUUGCUAAUCUCUCCACUCCCUGUUCAGUUGGUAGUUGGUUUUUGGUUUUUUUGGUUGUUUUUUCCUUUAAAGAGGAUUUCUAUCUCUGGGAUUCUCACCAUGCCUACCCCUUCUGUGAAGCCAACUUGGACUGGGAAGGGCCCGUCAGGUCACCUCCACAUGCGCACCUGCUGCGGCGAGCUAGAGGCCUGUUGGCUUGUGAAAUGAGCCCUCCUGCCACACCUGGCCUCUCCUAAUGGCUCAUCCCUUGGCUGCCCCCUUCCCAAAUACAAGGAUCCCCAGCUGGACUCCCUGCUCCCUACCUUUCCCGCCUCUCCAGUGUCAGAGGUGAACCAAGUCCAGUAUUAGCUGAAUGUCAUCUUGUUGCCACUACAGCUCAGUCAGCCCAUGGCGUUUGUGAACUUUGCUCCAACACACUGCAGUGUGCACUUUCCCCAGCAGGAGUUUUCCCUCUCUGUUGUUUGCACAUGCCCUCUUACUGUACCAUAAAUAGAUAUUCUUGAGAUUUAUUUUUAAAUAAAUAUUCAACUUGUCGUGUGUUUCAAAGUGGUUAAAAAGUUAAAUAUGUAGCUGUUUAGAAAAAUGCUCUGCGUUCUUUAGUCUUCCACAGGAGGGGCUCACACCCUUUCGCGUUGUAUCCUUCACUUACUACAGCCCAAGGGUAAAGUGGAGAGUUCGGGGCAGAGGAGGAACAGAGAUGAUGUCCCUUUUUCUUGAGUUGGCAAAGAGCCACUGUCUUCCCUACAAUAAAUAUACACCUACCUCCAGUGUGCACUUAGGGGGUUAGUGUGGGCGUCGAGCUCUGUGCGCCUGCAGACUGUAAUAACCUAGUGACGAUUCAGGGACCUCACCCUUUGGAUCUGCAGCCCUGGUCUUUGGCGCUUGCUGAGUGUGCUUGCACUCCAUUUCUUAAGUCUCGUUUCAGAGGGAAAAUCAUUUGGGAUUCCCACCAUCUCUCCAUCUCAGUCCUCUUCUCACCAGUUUCCAGGACUCAUCUACAACAACAUUUGCGAUCUUUUUGCACUAAAAGCGGACACGAGUCGGCAUGCGCCCAUCAGUGAGACAGCAGAUGCUCAGCAGAGCCUAAGCACUUCCAAACCUGAAGGCCCCUUCAACUCCUCAUGUGAAUUACCGACCCCUGGAUUUUCCUUUUGGGGACACAGAGCAGGAGUGGGGCAAGAGUUCGAAAACAAAACUGCUUCCUUGUGAACUAAUAUAUUUUAGCCAUAAGUAUUUGUGAUGUACACAGUGUUAAGGGGUUUACACGCAGUGGGUUUUUCCAGGAGAAAGGUAUUCAGCUCUUGAGCAAGUUAAAAUCUCACUGAAUCCUGAAGCCACUGUGAAUCUGCUGAUGUUCUUCCAACUAAAUCAAGUGAUUUUAAGGUUUUCCAAAUCUUCUAUGGCUUUUUUUAAAUCUGUCUGGUAGAUCACAUGUAGAUAUACAAUGUGUAUAUAAAGCUGAAUUUCAACCAACUUUAUUAUUAAUACCAGCCUAUCCAGGCAUCCAUCUGUGAUGUUCUUCUUUUUCACAUUUCCGAACUGGCAAUGCCUGGCCCACUCCUGAGAGCUCUAGUUUUCUUGUUUUCCAUUUCCAGAUGGUUCCAUCAUUACAGUAACUUAACUCUUUUAACCAACCGUGAUGCCACGUAACUUACACAGUGGACAAAGACAGGAUUGACUAACUCAUCCUAGGAGGAAAAAGUCCAGUGAUCAUCACGGAAAUACUGCGCUCGUAGACUGGAAUAGGAAAUUCUGUGACCAUGCUCCUUGGUGUGUAUGUUAUUGUAUGAGGUUGCUGUGAUUGAGAUACUUAAACAUGUACUAAUUUAAAAAUGCAGAUGUUUUGCAUUUGAUUUCUACCGAGAGUUGAAAUGUUGA